CAUCCAGGAAGGAUGCAAACAGAGAGGAGUAUCCAGAGUUUGGGCAGCAGAUACAGGCAAAUCCCCUUUGCAUACGAUGUCAAGCGAAACGUGUACAAUGAGGAGAAUUUCCAGCAGGAGCACAGGAGGAAGGCCACCUCUUCCGGAAAUGUGGACAUCAACAUCACCACCUUCAAACACCAUGUCCAGUGCCGCUGCUCAUGGCACAAGUUUCUACGAUGCAUGCUUACGAUCUUUCCCUUCCUAGAGUGGAUGUGUCUGUAUCGAUUCAAGGACUGGCUUCUUGGAGACUUACUUGCUGGUUUAAGUGUUGGUCUUGUUCAAGUUCCCCAAGGCCUGACACUUAGUUUGCUGACAAGGCAACUGAUUCCUCCCCUCAACGUCACUUAUGCUGCUUUCUGCUCUUCAGUCAUUUAUGUAAUAUUUGGAUCAUGUCAUCAAAUGUCCAUCGGCCCCUUCUUCCUUGUGAGCGCUCUGAUGAUCAAUGUUCUGAAGGAGAGGCCGUUCAACAAUGGCCACCUGAUCAUGGGAACGUUUGUCAAGGACGACUUUUCUCAGCCGACCUUCUAUGUGAACUAUAAUGGGUCCUUAAGCAUAGUGGCAACCACGACAUUCCUGACUGGAAUUAUUCAGCUGUCAAUGGGUAUGUUGGGGAUGGGCUUUGUGGCCACAUACCUUCCGGAGGCUGCAGUCAGUGCUUACCUAGCUGCUGUGGCACUACAUAUCAUAUUGGCCCAGAUGACAUGCAUCUUUGGGAUUAUGGUCAGUUUCCACGCUGGUCCCAUCUCCUUCUUCUAUAACAUAAUCAACUACUGCAUAGCUCUCCCCAAAGCCAACUCCACCAGCAUCCUGCUGUUCCUCACUGCUGUGGUGGCUCUAAGAAUCAACAAGUGCAUCCGCAUUUCCUUCAACCGGUACCCCAUUGAGUUCCCCAUGGAGCUGUUUCUGAUUCUUGGCUUCUCCGUACUUACAAACAAGAUAAGCAUGGCUACAGAAAACAGCAAGAUGUUGAUUAACAUGAUUCCUUAUAGCUUCGUGUUCCCCGAGACUCCAGAGUUCGGCACCCUUACCAGAAUUAUUUUACAAGCCAUGUCUUUAUCUUUAGUGAGCUCCUUUCUGCUCAUAUCUCUGGGCAAGAAGAUUGCCAGCUUGCAUAACUACAGAAUCAAUUCCAACCAGGAUUUGAUAGCCAUUGGCCUUUGCAACGUGGUCAGCUCCUUCUUCAGAUCUUCUGUGUUUACGGGUGCCAUGGCCAGGACUAUUAUCCAAGACAAAUCUGGAGGAAGACAGCAGUUUGCAUCUCUGGUAGGCGCAGGUGUGAUGGUGCUCCUGAUGGUGAAGAUGGGAAGCUUCUUCCACAGCAUGCCCAAUGCCGUGCUGGCAGGGAUCAUCUUGAGCAAUGUGAUACCCUACCUGGAAACCAUUUACAACUUACCUAGUCUGUGGAGGCAGGAUCAGUAUGACUGUGUUGUUUGGAUGGUGACAUUCUCCUCCGCGAUUUUUCUGGGACUAGACGUUGGACUACUCAUUUCACUAGUCUUUGCUUUCUUCGUCAUCACUGUCCGUUCGCACAGAUCGAAGAUCCUUGUCCUGGGUCAAAUCCCCAACACCAACAUUUACAGAAACAUCAACGACUACCGGGAGGUGGUGCUCAUCCCUGGAGUGAAAAUCUUGCAGUGCUGCAACUCCAUCACGUUUGUCAAUGUGUACAACCUAAAGCACAAGUUGUUAAAAGAGGUCAAUAUGGUGAGAAUGCCUCUUAAAGAAGAGGAAAUGUUCACCCUGUUUAAUGAGAGUUACACCACCAUAUCGGAAAACAAGAUUUGCAGGUGUUUCUGCGACUGUGAAGAGCUGGAGCCAGAGACCAGGAUUGUCUACACAGAGCGAUAUGAAAACAAGCAGGAGCACGACCAAUCAUCCAUUAACCUGAUCCGAUGCUCCUACCUGAGCAAUGGGGACAUGAGUGAAAGCAUGUCCGAGGAUCAGGUCCCCUACACGGUGUCUUCCACAUCGCAGAAAAAUCUAGGGCAGAGCUACGAGGACACAGAGAAAACCUGGCUGUCCAACAACCCCUCAAGAAACAGUUCACUCCCUCCGCCUGAAGCCUCAGAAAGCUUAGCACAGAGUAGAUCCAGAUCUGUCAUCAUGCCUUACUCAGACACGAGUGUCCAGCCCAGCAUCCACACCAUCAUUCUGGACUUUUCCAUGGUGCACUAUGUGGAUAGUCAGGCUUCGGUUGUAUUAAGGCAGAUGUGUAAUGCUUUCUACAAUGCCAACAUCUUGGUGCUCAUCUCAGGCUGUCACACCUCUGUGGUCAAGUCAUUUGAGAAGAAUGAUUUCUUUGAUGAAGGUAUCACGAAGGCCCAGCUCUUCCUCAGCCUCCACGAUGCAGUGCUGUUUGCCUUAUCAAGAAAGAUGCCCGAGCCCUCGGAGUUAAGCAUGGAUGCAACUGAGACAGUGAUACAGGAAACCUACUCAGAGUCAGACAAGAAUGGCAACCUGAGCAAUUUGAGACAUAAAACUGGUAGCAACAUCAUAGACAACCCCCAACGUGCAAGUCCUAACUACAUCAAGAUCCACAAGCCCAUUAAGGAUGACUUGGAGUUUGACCUGGACCUGGAUCCCAUGCUGAAUUCUGAAAAGAACAGUGGGCUGGGUCUCAACCUGGACCUGGACCUGAACCUGGACUUGGACCGGGAGUCAGAGAUGGACCCUGAAUCUGAGCUGGAGUCUGAGAUCCAAGCCAAAUCCGAUCUGGAGCUAGACACAGAGCUUGAGACAGAUGUCCAGACAGAGCCAGAGACAGAGGAAGAGCCGGAGCUGGCGUCAGAGAGGGAGAGGAGGCCCCAACCUAGGACCAGGACAAGGUCUCACAGCCCCUGGCGGAACUACUUCACCGCCUAUCGCUUUGGGGCUUCAAGCUCCCAGUCUCGGAUUCCACCUCAGACGCGUUCCUCGGAGAGGAAACAGCCACAUGCUCAUCCAAACUCACCCCAGUACAAUGAGGACACUUGGUAGGUGAACUGGAAAUAGAUAGCAGGCAGAUUAUCUUGGCAAAUCCUCCCUGCCCAAAAGGCAUCACUCAGGCGUGUGAUCUAGAUUGGGUACAAGCCAUUCAUCCUGGCUCUGUGGCCCUCUGCCUGCUGACUUCCUUCUUACUGGGUGCUGGGAUUACAUGCCCAUCUUAACUCCCAGGCUGCAUGACUCAAGGUGGACAGUGGUCUCUGAGGCCUGUCUCCAGGUGUCCCAGAUUUCACCUUCAGCAGAUGCCUAGUGACAGCUUCCUGCGCAUGCUCUCUGUCUCUGGGAACUGUGCCAGAAUGUCUCUAACCUCCUCACCUCUCUGCUCCCUUUUCUCCAAAGAAAUGAGGCUCGAAUAAAAUAUGUGACUCUACUUAA